AUGGAAAGUAACGCAGUUUCACCUUCUAUUUUGAAAGAAAUUCUUGAAUCGGAAGAGUUCAAAGCACUUCUAAAAUCUGUCGUGGACUCUGCAUUGCUCAAUGUUUACAAAAGACUAGAUAAUGUUGAGUCCAGAUUGGAAAAGUUGGAAAACCAACGAAAAAAUGAAGAAGAUAGUGAAUGUAAGCAAGAAAAAGAAAUUCCUCCAAAAACUCCGAGAAUGCAAUUGGAAAUCAGUCUUGCAAUGAAACUGCUCCCAAAUCAAAAAACGUUUGAAGCAUUUGUUCUCUCGCCUGUCUCUAUCAUACUAGGAAUCCAUCCAUUUUUCCAAAACGCGAAUCCGGAAACUCGUUUGAGAAUAGCUGAAUCUUUUUUGUUGGAAAGAGCUACAGAUGAAGAAAUGACUGAAUAUUUUAUCGAUCUUUUGAGUGUUAUUAAAGCGACUAGACUCCGUUACAACAUGUAUUCCCAUGGAUGCGAUUUUUGUGAACCAAAUCCAAAUGUCUAUUGGAGAUUCGGAUUACAUGGAUUAGACGAGAAAGUAGUCAACGAUUUCUUAUCAACAGAACUGAAAUUCAUCGAGUUUGAACCUGAAGACAAGAUUAUCAAUUCCAUUACAUAUAGUCAAUUAUUUGAUGAAAUAUUUCAUACAUUUUCCCAGUCGAAACGAGAUUUUUAUAGCACAAAAGACUCUCCCCAAAUGAGAGGUUUUAUACAAUUUACUGAUGCUCAGCAUAAUUUCUCCGAGAACGAUACAUUUCAAAUGGUAGAAAUCAAGAUGAGGGUACACGUUUCAUUGCACAUUUUCUUACCCAAAACUCGAUUUGGACUGGAACAUGCUCUGAACAAUCUUGGAGAUGGAGAGCAGCUUUAUCAUUUGAUCAGCACUGCCAAGGACAAAUAUGUUAAUAUUCGCCUCCCUCGAUUCACUAUCAAUACGGAAACUGAUUUGGGCAGUUUGGUGAAGUCAAUUGAAUUUGACAGAGAAUUAUAUGACAUUCUGACCUUCGUGAACAACAAUGAACUGGGAGACAUCGACGAUAAGGAUUAUGAUGGACUUGUGGACUAUCCGUAUGAUAUUAUUGAUCGUUUUUAUUCUGGCCCGAAACUCGAGUUUCUAGCUGAUCAUCCAUUUUUAUUUAUGCUUGUGAAGGAUACUCAUGUCGUGUAUUUUGGUUGUUAUCAAUGA